AUGGGGCUAUUUGCACACUUAAAAGCCCUCGCACAAUCUAUCGUGCUGCUGACGCAGGGCCAGAGUUUUCAGCACCUCACAGGAGUGACCCCAAAAGUAGUGAUGAGGCCUGGGCACGACCAAAAAUCUGCCAAAGGUGCUGAGGCUUGGUUAAAUCAAGGGAAUUUUGUUUCCCAUGUGUCUGAGAGUUUGCUGGUAGUUGGGGUCUUGCUCACUCGCUUCUAUUUGGAGGAGAAAAGAAGCCGGAGACGUGAGGCACAGAGGAGGGCGGCCGUGCCCCCCAACCACCCACGGGUCACGUCGGAACGCGAACCCUUCCCUCAGCACGUGCGGUACGAGAGCACCGGCCCGGCGCUGUGCACCGUGGUCUUCCUGCUCGUCUACUUCUUCGGCAUGGCCAGUUCCAUCUGGUGGGUCAUCCUCUCCCUCACCUGGUUCCUCGCCGCCGGCAUGAAGUGGGGCAACGAGGCCAUCGCUGGCUACGCCCAAUAUUUCCACCUGGCCGCCUGGCUGCUCCCCAGCGUCAAGUCCAUCGCGGUGCUGGCGCUCAGCUCCGUGGACGGGGACCCAGUGGCUGGCAUCUGCUACGUGGGCAACCAGAGCUUGGAGAACUUACGGGGCUUCGUGCUGGCACCGCUGCUCAUCUACUUGGCCAUCGGCUCCAUGUUCCUGCUGGCCGGCUUCGUCUCCCUCUUCCGCAUCCGCAGCGUCAUCAAGCAGCAGGGCGGCCCCACCAAGACCCACAAGCUGGAGAAGCUGAUGAUACGCCUGGGCCUCUUCACUGUGCUCUACACCGUGCCAGCUGCCAGUGUGGUCGCCUGCCUCUUCUAUGAGCAGCACAACCGGCCCCGCUGGGAGGCCACGCACAACUGCCCCUGCCUGCGCGACCAGCAGCCUGAUCAGGCCAGACGCCCUGACUAUGCUGUCUUCAUGCUCAAGUACUUCAUGUGCCUGGUGGUGGGCAUCACCUCCGGUGUCUGGGUCUGGUCCGGCAAGACCCUCGAGUCCUGGAGGGCCCUCUGCACCCGCUGCUGCUGGGCCAGCAAAGGUGCUGCUCUGGCUGGGGGAACAGGGGCAGGAGCAGGAGGGCAGGCAGCAAUCGCUGCGGCAGGAGGACUUGGGGCUGGAGGCGGUGGCUCCCUCUACAGCGAUGUCAGCACCGGCCUGACGUGGAGGUCGGGCACCGCCAGCUCCGUCUCCUACCCCAAGCAGAUGCCCCUGUCUCAAGUGUGAGGAGGGGGAAAGAGGCCAAAGGUUAGGGAAUGAGGGACACUGGCCUGCCUAAAAUGCCCCCUCACUGUUUGGUGCCAUUAAUGAACCCCUAAUGGUCCUUAUUAGCCACAGCUUGUAUAGAACAAUGCAGCUGGCAGAGGCCCCAGGCUCCAGCCCCCUCCUCCCUCCCCUCCAUUCACAUGCUGGGAGCAUGUACUUCAAGGAGCCAGCUUAUUAUUUUGCUGGCAGAGGAGGGUAGAGGCUCACCCGUGUCUUGCAGAGGGCAAGGCACUGCAGCUUCUGAUUCACUCUGGACUAACAGCAGCUCUUCCCUCAUGGGAGGGAGGGUCUUUCUCCCCCCCAUCCUGAGGGGGGAGCCUGCUGGGACUGCAGGUUUUUGGGAUGUUGAUGACCAGGCAAAUGCCUUACAACACAGACUGAAUCAAAACAUGUCUUAAUUAUACACCCCAGCUAAAUACGGGUUUCCUACAUUAAAGGAUGUAUUUAUAUAAUUAUUUGUUACCUUGUACAGAUGUGUAAAAUAUGUAUAUAUCCAAAGCUAUACAGUCUGUAAAUUUUUUUUGUAAAAAAGUGUAGAGGCUACCCCUGUAAGAGCAAAUACGAGUAUUCUAUUUUGUCAAUAAAAUGACUUUUGAUAAAUGA